GACCGGGGGGUUCCGGGACCGCGAUACACCGUUGCUUCGGCCGUUGAGGUGCCAAUGAGGGCUUCCAGCGCAGAAAUUACACCAUGAAAUUUGGUGAUGCUGCGUUAUAUUGUCCUAUCAGCGACUGGGUGUUUCGCACCAUGGAUUGCGGAAUAUUGCAUAAUGCGUGCGGGGAAUGAUGAUCCUCCACAGGCCAUCUAUAUAACAGUGUUGAAUUGAUGCUGAAUACGAGCCCUACAUGCAUCAGGCUUAUCCUUUACUAUUGUUCUUCAAUCCACAGACGAACCAUCGCAAUGGCGCCCUCCAUCUCUGAUACUCCGGUCGUUGUUCCUCAGGUAUCUGAGAAGAACCACCGUGAACCUCUCCAACUCAGCGGCGCUCUCGAAGGAUUCGACUCCUUCGACGUGACCCCCGUCAUCGGCCGGGAAUUCCCAGCUGCCAGUCUUGCAGAAUGGCUUCGCGCGCCAAACUCUGACGAGCUCAUUCGCGAUCUGGCCAUCACUAUCUCCCAACGCGGCGUUGUCUUCUUCCGCAAGCAGGACGGCCUCACCGACGAGCUUCAGAAGGAACUCGUCGACCGUCUGGGCAAGCUCACCGGCAAGCCCAGCACAUCUGGCCUACACAUCCAUCCGAUCAGCAAUUCCGCGCGUGAGCACAGCACCUCUGACGACGAAAUCAGCGUCAUUAGCUCCGCACAGCGCCAGAAGCUCUACCAGGGCAAGAGCACCUUCGGCCGCAGCGGGCGCCAUGAGUGGCACAGCGAUAUCACCUUUGAGCCAGUUCCCAGCGACUAUGCUCUUCUGCGACUGACCGAGUUGCCUAAAGUCGGUGGAGACACUCUCUGGGCCUCCGGCUACGAAGCAUACGACAAGCUCUCAAAGCCAUACCAAGCCUUCCUCGACACUCUAACCGCCACAUACGCCCAACCCCGCUUCAACCAAGUCGCCGACCAAAACAACUUCUCCAUCCACCCGGGCCCCCGUGGCGCGCCCGAAAACGUCGGCGAGGUCCUCGAAGCAAUCCACCCCGUCGUCCGCACAAACCCCGUAACCGGGUGGAAGAGCAUUUUCGCCGUCGGACACCACGUGCAAAAGGUCAACGACCUCUCCGAGGACGAGAGCAGACACCUGCUCAAGUGGUUUGUGAAACUCAUUACGGAGAACCAUGACCUGCAGGUGCGGUAUCGGUGGCAGAACCCGAACGAUGUGGCGAUCUGGGAUAAUCGCAGCGUGUAUCAUGCGGCGACGUUUGAUUAUGCGCAUCUGGGGCCGCGGACGGGACAUCGGGCCGUUGGGCUGGGGGAGAGGCCGUACUUUGAUCCCAAGAGUAAGAGUCGGAGGGAGGCGCUGGAGUUGGAGGAGGCUUAG